AGUUGAAGAUUUUGCAGAGAGAGAGAUAAACAGAAAAGGAAAGGGUUUUGGUUCGGAGAAGAGGUUUCAGAGGUAGUACUAUAUACUAGUGGGUGAGGUGAGGGUGAUAGAAUCUAUACCGUUCCGUAUCUCGUAUCCGUUCCUUUGAUUUAUUAUCUUCUUCAAUCUCUGACGGUCCCGAUUUGUUUGAAUCAAGCUUCUGUUGAUUUCUCAGUUUCUGAUGAUUAUAACCUUCUUCAGCUUCAUAAAUAGUUUUCGCAGCAACAGGCCCAUGGGCGUUACUCCUCGUCGUCCCAUUAAACCCAUUCAGCCAGGUAGGCUCGACAGGGUGGAUCUCCCUGACUUGAGCACGAUCAGCAGGAGCAUUAUUUGACAAAUUGUCUUCAUCAGUCCCAUGAGGGAAGAAAUCCUUCCUCCACUUGUUACUAACUGGGGAAAGAUCCAUCACAUCUCCAUUAGCCUGGUUUGGUGGUGAUGGUGUAUUUUCUGUUUUCUUUUUUUUUUUUGCUUAUUGAAGGGUGCGCUCCAGAGAGAGAUGAUGUAGAGUUCAAAACUCUUUGGAUUUUUUUUUUUUUUUUGAAACUAAAAUCAGAUGGUGAAGAUCACAGCGGAAGAAUGAGGAUCGAACCCUCCUGAUACCAACUUAGAACAUGAUAUUUGAUUUUGAUUCCUUGGGUUAAUCCUUUAUUAGAAGAUGGCUUCUCCUCCACAAUAGCAAUUUUCGCAAUCGUCUCAUUUGCGGUUCACCACCUGGUUUCGUUCUUCUUAGGCUGUGUUAUUGUGGUGACAAAUUGGGCUUCAAAAGGAGUCGGUUAAUUAUUGAUUGUUUAUUUGGAUUACGAAAAGCAUUGGUGUUUUGAAUAUCUGGUGUCUGCUAGAGUGAGAAAAAGGAAGCUGUUUGCUGCUGUGCCCUUUGUCGUAGAACGUCUGCAGGUGCCCUUGUUCUUCCAUGUCUCCUAACUUGGACAGCCCUGUUCAGACUCAGAUGGCAGUUGCAGUCCCAAAUGGCCCAAUUAAUGGAGAAUAUCAUGGGAACAGCAGCAAGACGGAGGCAAAGCAUACAACUGGGAGGAGACGUGUUUUUGUGCAAACUGACAUGGGUUUUGUUUUGGGGUUAGAUUUGGAUCGCACCGAUAAUGCCCAUACCGUGAAAAGGAAACUGCAAGUGGCUUUCAAUGUCCCGACUGAUGAAAGCUCACUUGUAUUUGGGGAUCGUGUGCUGAAUAACGAUUUGGAUGCAGUUCGAAAUGACUCCCCUCUUCUGCUCAAAAGGAACAUCAUGCAUAGAAGUUCAUCAACUCCUUGUCUCUCUCCUGCAGCUACCGAUCUUCAGCAAAAAGAUCGAAGUGGUCCUAUUGAAAUAUUAGGGCGUUCGGCUCGUUUUGCGAUUACGAAGCAACUGGUGAAGGAUAUAGUGAAGGCUAUUAAGAUGGGUGUUGAUCCAUUGCCUGUUCAUAUUGGGAUGGGUGGUGCUUACUAUUUCAGAAACAGCAAAGGUGAGAGUGUUGCUAUUGUGAAACCAACUGAUGAAGAGCCCUUUGCACCAAAUAACCCAAAAGGUUUUGUUGGGAAAGCCCUUGGACAGCCAGGCCUGAAGCGGUCAGUUAGGAUUGGUGAGACAGGGUAUAGAGAAGUCGCCGCUUACCUACUCGACCAUGAUCAAUUUGCCAAUGUGCCUCCUACUAUGCUGAUAAAGGUAACUCAUUCUGUCUUCAAUGUUAAUGAAGGGGUCAAUAGCAAAUCUCAUCAGAAGAAUCAGGUUAGCAAGAUUGCAUCUUUCCAGCAGUUUGUUCGUCACGAUUUUGAUGCCAGUGACUAUGGUUGCUCCAGCUUCCCUGUUACUUCUGUGCAUAGGAUAGGGAUAUUGGAUAUCAGGAUCUUUAACACUGACAGACAUGGUGGAAACCUUCUGGUGAGGAAAGGUGACGGAAUUGGAGGAUUUGGGCAGAUGGAGCUCAUCCCCAUCGACCAUGGCCUUUGCUUGCCCGAAGACCCCGAGGACCCUUAUUUUGAGUGGAUACAUUGGCCGCAGGCUUCGAUUCCCUUUUCUGAGGAUGAGCUCGAGUAUAUAUCAAAACUCGAUGCUGUUAAGGAUGCUGAAAUGCUUCGGAUUGAUUUGCCAAUGAUCCGGGAGGCAUGCCUUCGUGUAUUGGUUCUCAGCACAAUUUUUCUAAAGGAAGCAGCAGCAUUUGGUCUUUGUCUUGCUGAGAUUGGGGAAAUGAUGACUAGGGAAUUUAGGAGCCGCGAAGAAGAACCAAGUGAAUUUGCGGUUGUUUGCAUUGAGGCCAGGAGGAGGGUGAUAGCAGAUCGGGAAAUCUCAUCUCCUGAAGCUGAAAAUGGUGAAGAACGAGAAGAUUAUGAAGAAUUUCAGUUUGAUUUAGAUUGUGUGGAAGCCGAAAACGAAGUCGUGCGGAAGUUAGGCGAGGAUUUCCACAGCAAGGCUCCAUUUAAUAUGGGGUUCCGAGGUGGGUUUGGGCGAAACCCACUUUCUAAAUUAGAGGAGAGCAUUGAGGAGGAAGAUAGUGAAGGUGAAGAAGAUGCUGGAAAGCUGCAUUUUGAUGGCGGUUUUUCUGUUAAGAACAUUACCCCGAAAAUUCCGAAACUCUCAAUGUCGUUGAAGAAUAUCAGUCUAGGUGAGAGAAAACCCUUGUUUCAGGUUGCAAAACCAGAAGGAAAUCAUCUGGCAGGUACUUCUUCAGGUGACUGGAGGAGUGCCAAUGAGCAGGUGCCUGGGAGCUCGUGCUUCGUGAAAAUUUCAGACAUGAAGGAGAGCGAGUGGGUUUUGUUUCUUGAUAUAUUCCAAGAGCUUCUCCAUCCUGCAUUUGAAAGCCGUAGAUCUGUGGGUAUUGGACAGAAGCAAAGGCUUGGAACGUCGUGCCAGUUUUGAGAACUACAAUCAGUGCUUCGAGGAUAAAGAGAAUAAAGUACUGAUAUGGUGUUGGGAGCGAGGGAGAAGGAAUGUUAGUGUGUAGGUUUCGCCUCAGAUUUCCUUGCAGCAUGAGGGAAUUUAAAGGUGGGAGUAGAAGUGGUAGUGUAGCAUUAAUAGUAGCAAGACUUUGCUGUAAAUAUUCUUUUAGGAAUUGUAGUGUUGGAGAGAUUCAGAUUGAGAGAGAGGGAGAGUAAGAGUAAGAAACACUUUGAGCUGGAGUUUGAAAGUUUGCUUGAUUUUUCUUUCUUUAUUUUCUUUUUCCACUGCUUAUCUGUCGUUGUCAGUUAGAACAUUAUCUUGAAUAAUAAAACUAAGGGAAAGAAAAGUUUAUGUACAGCCUAA